AUGGAGCAAUUAAGAAAAAAAGGAGGGGGGGGGAGAAGGGCACAAUCAAAGCAUAGUGUCAAGCAAGCAGGUGUAACCGUUGAGUUCUAUGGCAGCAAACUCAAUGGAGUGAGUUAUAGUGAUCCUGCUACUGUGAAAAAAGAUGCUAGACGUGCUCAAUUGGCUGAAAUUUUUGAAUUAGAUCGUGCUACUUUGAAAUCUGAUGGUGUUUUUUUAACCCUGUUCAGAGAUGUUUUUGCCAGUAUUGAUCCAGAUUUGGAUGCUCAAGUGGAAUUUGAAGCAUUCCAAAAACUUGGAGAUCCAACUACAAGAAAACAAAUAGUAUGA